AAGUCAGUCUUUGAAGUUUAUAAUGACUUGUGAACUUGCCAUCGAACUCAUGUAGCUUGUUAAUAUGUAUCCAAUGAAUGCCCUCGUACAAAUAUAAGUUUAAAACACAAGCCACUGAAUUCGUAUAUGUCUUUCUUAAUGAAUUUGAUUGAUUUUCUUGUAUUGGUUACGAAGGUUCAAUCCACACCAGCUGAACUCGAGGUGAAAAUGGCACCAGAGGCACCAAAAAUUGAGGAAACUUCACCAGUCUCAGAAGAGAUAGUUGCACCAUCAGGGAUAGAAACCGUUAUUCCAGUUGAAGAAAAAGCAGCAGCCCCGGUGGUGGAAGAGACCGCGGCCGAAACAACACCAGCAUUAGCAGAAGAAACUGCUCUUGUUGAAGAGCAAGUUGUCCCUGUCACUGCUGCUGAAGAGGCCGUUACUGACGAGAAAACGGAGGAUUCUGGUGUAGCAGAGGAGGUAGUAGCUGAAGAAGCUGAAGCAAAAACCGAAACAGUAGCAGAAGUUGUUGGUAAGUUGUCAGGACAAAAUGUUCUAGUAAAGUAUCAGGUUUAGGGUUAGUUAUUAGACACUUGUACUUGAUCGCGUCACGCCUUUAGGUUGUUUAAGUAGGUUCGCGCUGGAGGCAACAGGUAAUGGUUACCGUUCUCACGCCUAAUGAUCCACAUCUCAGGAUCAGGCGGUAAUGAACACAUUGAACUAUCCAAGUCGCUGAGAGCCCUUACAGGCCCCGACACAACGAUGCAAUUAUAUAUCAGGAUUGCGCUCUACCACUGAUCUAAUAGCCCAUCCAUGGGUACGUUUGGUUGAUCAAUUCUCUAUGUCUAAGUGAUUGCGUUGAAGUUCAAGUUCAACACUCUCAUUACCUACUCCAGUAGAAGAAGCAUAUCUAGUGAACUCGAAAAAGGUUUAUAUAAGAGUGUGUGGGGCGCUCUUUCGCUGUGUCUAAUUAGAAUAAAUAGUUUUUCAGGACAAUGCAUUACGCGACUCGAGUCAUACUUAUAUUUACUCAUAAAUGCGUGUUUUACAUUUAUUUUUAC